AUGAUGUUAAAAAACACGAUAUUAACUAUCAUGGUGUGCAGUUUACCUGCAGCAGUUUUAUGCGUAAGAUGUUAUCAGUGUGCAUCUUCGCAAAAUCUUAAGGAAGAUACUUGUGGGGCUUAUAAAAAGUUUGAUACAGAUAGCCACAUAGCUGUGGAGUGCAACAGUGAUGAAUCUCACAUGCCUGGGUCAUUUUGUAUGAAACGAACUCACCAAGGCCCGAAAGGGUUCAUUUGGGAUGGGAGAUGGAGACAGGUAAUACGUCGUUGUGCUUCCGUUGCUGAGACCGGAGUAACUGGUGUAUGUAACUGGGGUGUAUAUGAUAAUGGAGUCUAUUGGGAAGACUGCUAUUGCUCAUCUGAUGAAUGUAAUGGUACAAGUGGUAUUAAGUCAUCUUUGUUACCUGUGAUUUCAUUAAUAACUUGCAUAUUGGUCUACUUUUCUUGA